AUGUUGAAAGCCCUUUUCCUAACUAUGCUGACUCUGGCGUUGGUCAAGUCCCAGGACACUGAGGAAACCAUCACGUACACGCAAUGCACAGAUGGAUAUGAGUGGGAUCCUGUAAGACAGCAGUGCAAAGAUAUUGAUGAAUGUGACAUUGUCCCAGACGCUUGCAAAGGUGGAAUGAAAUGUGUCAACCACUAUGGAGGAUACCUCUGCCUUCCUAAAACAGCCCAGAUUAUUGUCAACAAUGAGCAACCUCAGCAAGAAACACCAGCAGCCGAAGGUGUGGGUGCAGCUGCAAAUGCAGCCGCGACCUCUAGUACAGGCACUGGGGGUGUAGCAGCCAGUGGCAUGGCUGCCAGUGGAGUGGUGCCUGGGGGUGGUUUUGUCGCCAGUGCUGCUGCCGAAGUGCAGACUGGCAGAAAUAACUUCGUCAUCCGGCGGAACCCAGCUGACCCUCAGCGCAUUCCUGCCAACCCUUCUCACCGGAUCCAGUGUGCAACAGGCUAUGAGCAGAGUGAGCAUAACGUGUGCCAAGACAUAGAUGAAUGCACUGCAGGGACACACAACUGUAGGGCCGAUCAAGUGUGCAUCAAUUUACGAGGUUCCUUCACCUGUCAAUGCCCUCCUGGGUAUCAGAAGCGAGGAGAGCAAUGUGUAGAUAUAGACGAAUGCGCCAUCCCUCCAUACUGCCACCAAAGAUGUGUGAACACGCCAGGAUCAUUUUAUUGCCAGUGCAGUCCUGGGUUUCAGUUGGCAGCAAACAACUAUACCUGUGUAGAUAUAAAUGAAUGUGAUGCCAGCAAUCAAUGUGCUCAGCAAUGCUACAACAUUCUUGGUUCAUUCAUCUGUCAGUGCAAUCAAGGAUAUGAGCUAAGCAGUGACAGGCUCAACUGUGAAGACAUUGAUGAAUGCAGAACUUCGAGCUACCUGUGUCAGUAUCAGUGUGUAAACGAACCUGGGAAAUUCUCGUGUAUGUGCCCCCAAGGAUACCAGGUGGUGAGAGGUAGAACAUGUCAGGAUAUAAAUGAGUGUGAGACCACAAAUGAAUGUCGGGAAGAUGAAAUGUGUUGGAAUUAUCAUGGCGGCUUCCGUUGUUACCCACGAAAUCCUUGUCAAGAUCCCUAUGUUCUAACAUCAGAGAACCGAUGUGUUUGCCCAGUUUCAAACGCAAUGUGCAGAGAACUUCCUCAAUCCAUCGUCUACAAAUACAUGAGCAUUCGAUCUGAUAGGUCUGUACCAUCAGACAUCUUCCAAAUACAGGCCACAACCAUUUAUGCCAACACUAUCAACACUUUUCGGAUUAAAUCUGGAAAUGAAAAUGGAGAGUUCUACCUAAGACAAACAAGUCCUGUAAGUGCAAUGCUUGUGCUGGUGAAGUCGCUAUCAGGACCAAGAGAAUAUAUAGUGGACCUGGAGAUGCUGACAGUCAACAGUAUAGGAACCUUCCGCACUAGUUCAGUGUUAAGAUUGACAAUAAUAGUGGGGCCAUUUUCAUUUUAG